AAGAUUCGUUCUUUUUGAACGAAUCGUUAACGAACGACCCAUCACUAUUAUCGUGAAAUCAUCUGUCUUUAUAAUUCUAUGUCACUCUGUGGAAGGUUUGUUUGACAAAUUCCUUGGUGAGCAACAACCAUAUAGCUAAAUUGAUGUUUCGUGUGUAUAGUCUGGAGCAGUGUUUUGGUCAAGAGGUGGCGGCCAUUGUGCUAGUGUGAAUAUUGAGUCAAAAAUAAUAAAAAAAAAAAUUAUUAAUUGUUCUCGAGAUACUUAAUUUUCAUCAUAAAUCCUGUAGAGUAACUUUUUUUUUUACGAAAAAUAAAGUCUUUUCAGAACCCAGCAAAUUCUUCAAAUGUUUUUAUGUAACGUGCAAUUGUGACCAAUAUUGAAUGUCAAUAAUGGGAAAGAAAAAGAGUAAAAAGUCAGUGCCUUCAAGGCCACUGGAAAAACAGACUGAUCCAGAUCAGCAGGGCCAAUCUGAGAAAAAAGAACAGGCAGCAUCUGGAAGUGGGCUUCAGGAAGAUAAAACACACCAAGAACUUUUAACAGAGCAACUAGUGCAAACAGCAUCACAGCAGACACAGGAGAAACAGCUGGGACAGCAGUCACAAAGCAAACAACACAGUCAGAAGUAUCAGCAGGCAACUCAACCGGGCCACGUCCAGCCUUCAGUUGAGGAGAAACUGCCGGUCUCUGCUCGUGUGCAUGAAGAAAGGCAGGCGUCGCAGACGUGCCAACAGAAAGGUGAAACACAGACUCCGAAACAGGAGCGUGGACGUAUUGGGGGUCCGAAGCAAGUACAGCAUCUGUCAGCAGCGCGUGCUACGCAGAAUGUAGAUUCUGGGAAGCAGCAGGAGCAAGGAAAGGUACCUUCACCAACCCUUGUGGGAGCAGAACUUUCUCGGCAGCCUCACGGUCAAAAAUGUGUCCAGCCACAGCCACCGGUCGGGAAGCAACAGCAGAUGGUCGGGCAGCCAGGACCUUCACAACCUCUGUCAAAAGGGCAGCAGCAGUUGGCAACUUCAACCUCAGAAAUCACCCAGGCUAAACAGCCUAAUGAAAAUGUUCCUUCUAAACUUGACUCUGUAGUCACAAGUGUGCAAGGCUUGAGUUUACGGAUACCAACACGUAAAAACUUGAAAAUUGGCGGCACUAUGGGACGGAAAACAAUUGUUGGAACAAAUCACCUGGCUUUGAACUUGACUGGAAGCAGAAGUGAAUUCAUCGUACAUUACGAUGUGAAAAUUGACCCUGACACUCCUAAAAGGUUGCUGCGAUUAGUAAUGGAGCAGUUUCGCAAAGAAAAUUAUCUAUUACGCUAUCCAGCUUUCGAUGGAAAAAGAAAUCUUUACAGCUCGGGUUACUUACCUUUCCACACCAGUGUGUCAGGUUUUGUCACUGUAAAUGAUGAGGAAAGUUUGAAUCCAAAAGAAUUCAGUGUGGCUAUUAAUGUGGCUAAUUUAGUGAGUUUGAAUGAUGUUUACGACUACAUGAGUGGUGGCACCUCCUUAGUAAUGCCUUCAAAAGUAAUUCAGGCAAUAGACGUGAUUCUCCGUGAAGCCUCUGCUACUUCCAGAAGCCUUGUGCAGGUUGGCCGUAGUUUCUUCACUCCUCCGUCGGGACGAGUGGUGGACCUUGGUGAAGGUCUUGAAAUGUGGUAUGGUUUCUACCAGAGUGCUGUUUUAGGGUGGCGGCCUUUUGUAAACAUUGAUGUGGCGCACAAAGGCUUCCCUAAACAACAGAAUGUUGUUGACUUAAUAUGUGAACUGUUUGGAUACCACAGAAAAGACUUGCAGGCACUGAAACCAUACCAAAGGGAUGAUCUCAAUAAGUACUUGAAAACGCUCAAGGUAGAUUAUGAAAUUCCUAAUCAACCCAAUACAAAGAGAUGUUACAGAGUUAAUAGCGUAACUGAGACCUCUGCACGCAAUUUAACAUUUGUGCUUGAUGAUGGUCAGACAACUUCUGUUUCAGAUUAUUUUUCUCGAGAAAAGAGAUGGAAAUUAAAUUUUCCAGAUCUCCCGUGUUUACAUGUAGGCAGUCUGAAGAGACCUAAGCCAAUCCAUUUGCCAGUAGAACUAUGCACAGUUAGACAUCAAGUUGUAAUUCGUAAAAUGACCGACACCCAGACCACCAACAUGAUAAAGAAAGCAGCAACUAGUGCAGAUGAACGAAAAAGGAAGAUAAUGGAUGCUGUAAGCAAAGCUGGGUUCAAUAGUUCCAAAACAGUCCAAGAAUUUGGGUUCUCUGUUGGUGACCAUUUUGAAGAAGUCGAAGCCAGGAUUUUGAAACCUCCUUCAUUAGAAUAUGACAACCAAGUUAUCGAGAAUCCAAGAAACGGUGCAUGGUAUGCAAAAAAUUUUCUCAUUGGUGCAAAGUUGAUUAAUUGGGUGGUUCUCAACAUGAAUGGCAGGCGUACUGAUGAUGAUAAAUUGUGGAGUUUUGGCUCAAGCAUGAAAACAACGGGAGAAAGAUUAGGCAUGGUUAUCGAACCACCGAAACCCCCUGUCAGCAUCGAUUGCAACUCGAGGGACGUACAUCGAAGGCUGGGAGAGUACUUGCGUUCAGUGAGAGGCAUGCAGCUGGUGGUGGUAGUGGUACCUGACGGGAAAGGCAAUACGUACGCGGACGUGAAGCAGAUAGCAGAGCUGCAGGUAGGCGUGCUCACUCAGUGCAUCAGAGCUCGUACCAUGAAUAAAAUGAACAUGUCGGUGGUGAGCAACAUCCUGCUGAAAGUAAACGCCAAACUGAACGGAGUGAACCACAAGCUCUCCAGUGGUUCGGUGCCGCCGUGCCUGAGUAGUCCGUGCAUGAUAGUCGGAGCAGACGUCACGCACCCUCCACCCGACCAGAGAGACGCUCCUUCGAUAGCAGCCGUGUGCGCCAGCCACGACCCGAGAGCAUUUCGCUACAACAUUCAGUUUAGUCUGCAGGAACCCAAGGAAGAGAUAAUCAAAGAUUUGCAAGAUAUAAUUGUGAAACAGCUUCGGUUUUUCUACAAAAAAACUAAUUGUCAGCCUAGGAAGAUCAUAUUUUAUCGGGAUGGAGUGAGCGAAGGCAGAUUCGAGCACGUCUUGAGGGAAGAAAUGCAAGCGAUUCGCCGUGCGUGUCAGUCGUUGAGCCAAAACUACCAGCCGAAAAUAACCUUCAUUGUCGUGCAGAAAAGGCAUCACACUCGCUUCUUCCCGCUGCAGCGACAAGAUGCAGACGUGAAGAAUGGCAAUGUGCCGCCAGGCACGGUGGUCGAUACGGUCAUCACUCACCCCACGGAGCUGGACUUCUACAUGGUGAGCCACGCCAGCAUUCAAGGGACAAGUCGACCCACCAAGUACCAUCUGCUGCAUGACGACGACGACACGUCACAAGAUGAAUUGGAACAACUCACCUACUACUUGUGCCACAUGUUCUCCCGAUGCACACGCUCCGUGUCGUAUCCUACGCCCACGUACUACGCUGAUCGCGCGGCGUACAGAGUCAAGGCCUACAUAGAAGGCCAUCAGAUACAAAUAAAUAAUUUAUUGGAGGAACAGAGACGUAGGAUUAUUCGUGAAGAAAUUUCAGAUGGUUUCCCUAUGUUCUUUGUUUAGUCAUCAAUACUAAACUCCAACCCGAUUGGAUUUUUAUUGAAUAAGUUUACUUUAUUUUGCUUUCUUUUUUUAUUUGUGGAAAUUAAUUUUAUUAUUUUCAAUCUGUGUUCUGAUGAAUGCAUUAAUGUAAUUUUAAAGUUAGAAUAUGUAUUAUAUUUUAAAUAUCUGUAAAAUGGUCUUAGUGACAGACUAAGGAACAUUUUUAUAUAGAAUUUGAAAUAUAUUUUCACUUUGUUAUAAGAAUUUGGUGUGGCAUUGCUAUAAACAAUUAGUAGGAACAAGACUAUUUCAUUUUUAAAACGGGAGAUUUCUGUGUUAUUGUUUUUAUUUUUAUGUAUUGUCUUUAUUCAUUAAAAAAAGUAAUUUAUAUUAUUCAACAAAUAUAAAAAAUAUAUAUAUUUCUUAGUACAUAUUCUUAUUUUGAUUGACUUCUGAUGCACAUAUACAGUAAAAUCAGCAUGUCUAAAAAAAAUAUAAAUAAAUUGGUAAAUAUUUUUGUGUGUUUGAAACAUGUGGCAUCAUUAAUGUAAGAUCAAGAUCAAAUAGUAUAAUUAAUUUAUUUCCAAUCAAUUUGGGUCAUACAUUCUGGUACAAAAUUAAUGUUACAUAAAUUAUAUUCAAAGAAUGUACUAUGAUAAAAGAUUUUUUUUUUUUUUUGUAAUUUGAGUUAAGUUUUAUUAAAUUGCUGAUUGAUUCAUGUUUUUAGUUACAUUUAGGUGCUAAAUGGUGUAUUAACUUGCAUUUGGGUGAUAUAUAUGGUGUAUUUACAUUCUUUGCUGUGUUAUUUCAGUUUUAUUGCAAUUCAUCAUAUAAUCGUGUCCCUAACAGUUAGAUAAUUAUAUACAGUUAUACACUAUAAAUGCUAUAGGCUUUGUACAUUGUGUAGUUAGUUUGGAAAGAAUUGUGUAGUUGUUUCACUAAUAAUUAUUAUAUUAUUGUAUUAUCAAAUAUGUUGUAUACAGAUAAUAAGAAAAAGUCCAUAAAAUAUUAGUUAUUUUCCAUUAGCACAUCAGACUUAAAGUUUACAGAAAUGGACAAAAUUAAAGAUUUUUUGUGACUUUUGACGUGACGUCUAAUAAAUUGAUGAACGCCGGCUGCACGCACGAAAAAGUGACCCGUUACGCACAUUGUCCCAUUACGCUGUGUCCCGUUACACUCAUUGUAUGCUCGCGGGCAUCUAUCUCUCUUCCACUCGAUUGGAACAACCAUCGAUUUGACUUUUUCGAGGCACAUUAAACUUGAAACACUCCCAUUCGUUUCCUACUUUUCCUAUCAUUGUCCUAUCUUUAACAGAAUAACACAGAUUGGAAGAAGUUAAAUAGCAAACAUGUAUAAAAGUUAUAGUUAAAAUAAUCUCUUCGUUAAAGUAAUAAACUUAUUUGAAUUAAUGAGUGCAAAUAAAAGUAAAUUUAUCAAUUAAAUUGUAGAUUUCAUUUCACUCCUUCUUUGUAUCCAUACAAAAUCGUGAUAAUUCAAUGAAAAUGAAUAAAUUUUAUUCAUAAAAGUAUGCAAUCAUUUCAUCAAUGUUUUGUUAUGACGUCACGUUAAACUAUUGUCCGUACACCGACUUUACAGACAACCAAUUUUUUUUUAAUAGUUUUUAAAAUUAUACUAUUGACGUGUUAUUGUCUGUAUACUUAUCUUAUAGUUUAUUAUAGUUUAAUAAAGUAAAAAAAAAUCAUUAAUUCAUCAAUGUUCUCUUGUCCUGCGAUUUGUCUGAAAAACGGUAAUGCACCAAAUGUUUGCAAGUAUCAUUGUGUAACUCUUUGCCUGUGUGUCAAAACGAAAUGAACCUGAAAUAACCACGAGGGGGCUGUGGGUAGAGUCCCACCCUCACCCAGUCUACUGUCCUCAGUAGGGGCUGUUAUUCACAUUAUAUUUUACAAGAAUUAACUUGGAGUCAGUAGUUUA